AUGUCGGACGACGAUUUCAUGCAAGCCUCUGAUGAGGAGUAUGACUUCGAGUACGAGGAAGAUGAGGAUGAGGAUACCGGCGACGUCGACAUCGAGAACAAGUAUUACAAUGCGAAGCAGACCAAAACAUCCGACCCUGAGGGCGCGGUGGAAGAGUUUCUGGGCAUACCGUCCUUAGAGCCCGAAAAGGGAGACUGGGGUUUCAAGGCCCUCAAGCAAGCUAUAAAGCUGGAAUUCAAGCUGCAGUGGUAUCAGAAGGCCACUGAGCACUACCGAGAACUUCUCACAUAUGUCAAGUCGGCUGUCACGAGGAAUUACUCGGAAAAGUCGAUCGACAACAUGCUCAACUUUAUCGAGAAGGGUGCAGACAACCCAUCAGCAGUGCAGUGCAUUGAGCAGUUCUACUCCCUCACCCUACAAUGCUUUCAGAGCACGAAUAACGAGCGCCUUUGGCUCAAGACCAACAUCAAACUCGCCAAACUCCUCCUGGACCGUAAGGAUUACCAUGCUGUGGGGCGGAAGCUUCGGGAGCUGCACAGGGUGUGCAAGAAGGAAGACGGCACCGAUGACCCGAGCAAGGGCACCUACUCACUCGAGAUCUAUGCCUUGGAGAUCCAGAUGUAUUCUGAGAUGCGGAAUAACAACCAGCUCAAAGCUCUGUACCAAAAGGCGCUUAAGGUGCGCUCAGCGGUGCCGCACCCAAAGAUCCAGGGUAUCAUCCGCGAGUGUGGCGGCAAGAUGCACAUGAGUGAGGAGAACUGGAAAGACGCUCAGAGCGACUUCUUUGAGGCCUUCCGCAAUUACGACGAGGCAGGCGAUUUGCGGCGGAUCCAGGUACUCAAAUACCUGCUUCUCACCACCAUGUUGAUGAAGUCGGACAUCAACCCCUUCGACAGCCAGGAGACCAAGCCGUACAAGAACGAUCCCCGCAUUGCCGCCAUGACGGACCUGGUCGAUGCCUACCAACGCGACGACAUCACCAAGUACGAGGAUGUCCUCCAAAAGAACACGGACUUGCUUGCCGAUCCCUUCAUCGCCGAAAACAUCGACGAGGUGACGCGCAACAUGCGCACCAAGGGCGUCCUCAAGCUGAUUGCACCCUACACGCGCAUGCGGCUGAGCAAGAUUGCCGAGAGCCUGCGCAUCAGCGAGCCCGAGGUCCAGGACAUUGUGAGCUAUCUCAUUGUCGACGGCCGCGUGCAAGGCCGCAUCGACGAGCACAGCGGGACCGUCGAAAUUGAGUCGCCCGGGGACGCCGAGCGCGCCAAGGCCAUUGAGCGCCUGUCGUCCGCCGUCGCGGAUUUGUACACGGCCAUCUUCAAGGACGGCGACGGGUUCCGCAACACCCUGCCUGACCUCGCCAAUACAGGGUUCGGUGAUCCUGUGGCCGACUUUGGUGGAGGGUUCCCCGACGUGGGCCGGAGACGAGGUGGCCGCCGCGGCAACAUGAAGAAUAUGAUGAACAUGGCCCUGCACUAA